AUGAGGUCUCGAACGGAAAGGAACCGCUUGACCUUGUUUUGGGGUCUGAUGCUGGGUCUGUCGUCCUGCCUCCGGCCCGCCACCGCAGAGAUCUGCGGUCCCAGCAUCGACAUUGGCAACGACAUCAGUGAAUUCAGGCGUUUAGAGAACUGCACAGUGGUGGAGGGCUACUUACAGAUCCUCCUCAUCGGUGACAAAAACAACAAUAACGUCAACCAGGAAGUCUUCCGCUCCCUCACCUUUCCCAAGUUAACCAUGAUCACUGACUACCUGCUGCUAUUCCGGGUGUCCGGCCUGGACAGUCUGAGCACGCUCUUUCCCAACCUCGCUGUCAUCCGCGGACGAAACCUCUUCUACAACUACGCCCUGGUAAUCUUUGAGAUGACCAGCCUGAAGGACAUCGGCCUGUACAACCUGAGGAACAUCACACGCGGCUCCAUCCGAAUUGAGAAGAACCCUGAGCUCUGCUACCUGGACUCCAUAGACUGGUCCCUCAUCAUGGAUGCGGAGUUCAACAACUACAUUGCAGGGAACAAGCAGUCCAAGGAGUGCAGCGAUGUUUGUCCAGGCAUCAUGGAGAACAACCCUCAGUGCAGAAAGACCAUGUUCAACAACAACUACAACUACCGCUGCUGGAAUUCCAAUCACUGUCAGAGAGAGUGCCCUGAGAAGUGUGUACGGCGAGCGUGCACAGUGGACGGCGAGUGCUGCCACCCUCAGUGUCUAGGCAGCUGCACAGUCCCUGGUAGUGACACAGCAUGUGCUGCAUGCGUGCAUUACUACCACCAAGGACGCUGUGUGGCUGACUGCCCUCGCGGCACCUACAAGUUCGAGGGCUGGCGCUGCAUCAGUGCCGAGCUUUGUUCUAAAGUCCACCUCCCCGAAUUCGACAGCUUCAUCAUCCACGGUGGAGAGUGCAUGCCUGAUUGCCCGUCUGGCUACACACGCACUGCACCCAACAGUAUGUCCUGUACAGCCUGUGAUGGUCUGUGUGAUAAAGUGUGUGAGGAGAAGGUCAUCGACUCCAUGGACGCUGCUCAGUCUCUCAAAGGCUGCACUGUUAUCAAAGGCAACCUGCAUAUCAACAUCCGCAGAGGCCACAACAUGGUGGCAGAGCUGGAGAGUUUCACAGGUUUGAUCCAGAGGGUGACGGGUUAUGUGCGGAUCAGACACUCCCACACUCUGAGCUCCCUGGCCUUCCUCCGCAGCCUCAGAUACAUCGAUGGAGAAAACCUGCUGGACGACAUGUAUGCCUUCUCAGCAUUCGACAACCAGCAGCUCCAGUAUCUUUGGGACUGGAAGCAGCACAAUCUCACCAUCAAAACAGGAAAGCUGUUCUUCAGAGCUAACCCAAAGCUCUGCAUGUCUGAGAUCCGCAACAUGUGGAACAAGACGGGCAUCCAGGGCCGCUUUGAUGAGAGCGAUUUCCGAAACAACGGCGACCGUGCCAGCUGUGAAAGCACUAUCCUAAAGUUUAAGUCCAAUAGCACUAGCAGUAAAAGGAUCAAACUGACCUGGCAACGCUACCGGCCCCCGGACUACAGAGACCUCAUCAGUUUUAUCGUCUACUACAAGGAGGCGCCGUACCAGAACAUCACAGAGUUCGAGGGGCAGGAUGGCUGCGGCUCCAACAGCUGGAACAUGGUGGAUGUGGAGCUGAGGCCAGACAAGGACUCGGACCCCGGAGUUCUGCUGUCCAACCUGAAACCCUGGACGCAGUACGCUAUCUUCGUCAAAGCUAUCACGCUGAUGGUCGAGGACAAACACAUGCCGACUGCCAAGAGCAAGGUGGUCUACAUCCGCACAAGCCCCUCAGCUCCCUCCAUGCCUCAGGAUGUGCGAGCAUACUCCAACUCCUCCACACAGCUGGUGGUGCGUUGGUCGCCCCCUGUCUCACCAAAUGGAAACCAGACUUACUACCUGGUCAGAUGGCAGCAACAAGCCGAAGACAGGGAGCUUUACCAGCACAACUACUGCUCUAAAGAGCUGAAGAUCCCUAUACGGAUUGCUGCCAUUGGUGUGGGAGACCAGGAAGAGGACACUAAGCCCACUAAACCAGAUCCUGAGGGGGCAGAUAAAGGUCCUUGUUGCCCCUGCCCCAAGUCAGUGGAGGACCUGGAGGCAGAAGCUGCUGACGCCUCCUACCGAAAAGUCUUUGAAAACUUCCUGCACAACUCAAUUUUUACACCAAGGCCACCCGAUCGUCGCCGUAGAGAUCUCUUUGGCAUCGCCAACUCCACUCACUCCCGCCGCAACCGCCUGCACACCAACAGCAGCACAGUCCCUCCUCUCCAAGCUGCUGGUAACAGUAGCACCACCGCUGACCUGGAGCCGGCGGACAGAGAGUUUGAGUUCAUGGAGCAAUCUGUGACGGAGCGCGAGCUACAGAUCUCCGGCCUGCAGCCGUUCACGGUUUACCGCAUCGACAUUCACGCCUGCAAUCGACAGGUGCAACGCUGCAGCGCGGCAGAGUUCGUCUUCUCCAGAACCAAGCCUGCAGAAAAGGCUGAUGACAUACCAGGCAAAGUGACCUGGGAGGGCCACGAGGACUGGGUGUUCCUGCACUGGCCAGAGCCACCUCACCCCAAUGGACUCAUCCUCAUGUACGAGAUAAAGUUUAAACUGGCUGCUGAGGUAAGACAACAUCACGAGUGUGUCUCUGGUCACAUGUAUCAGGCCCAGCGUGGCGUUCGGCUUUCCAACCUCAGUCCAGGAAACUACUCAGUCAGAGUGAGAGCCACGUCACUGGCUGGCAACGGCUCAUGGACACACACUCUGGAUCUCUAUGUCGCUGAACGAUAUGAAAACGUUCUCUAUGCGAUGAUCUUUGUUCCUAUCGCCAUCAUCCUCUGCAUCUGCCUUCUGGUCACAAUGCUGGUGGUCCUCAACAGGAAAAGGAACAGCGACCGUCUUGGAAAUGGAGUCCUGUAUGCCUCAGUCAACCCAGAGUACUUCAGCGCUGCAGAAAUGUAUGUACCGGAUGAGUGGGAGGUGGCACGGGAGAAGAUCGCCCUGAGUCGUGAGCUUGGCCAGGGGUCAUUUGGCAUGGUGUAUGAGGGCUUGGCAAAGGGCGUGGUCAAAGACGAACCAGAGACGCGUGUCGCCAUCAAGACCGUCAACGAAUCGGCAAGCAUGAGGGAGAGAAUCGAGUUUCUCAACGAAGCCUCUGUCAUGAAGGAGUUUAACUGUCACCAUGUGGUUCGUCUCCUGGGAGUGGUCUCCCAGGGCCAGCCCACUUUGGUCAUCAUGGAGCUGAUGACACGAGGAGACCUGAAGAGUUACUUACGCUCACUCCGACCGAAAGAGCAGCAAUGGUCGAGCCUGUCUCUCCCCCCUCUGAAGAAGAUGCUUCAGAUGGCGGGGCAGAUCGCUGACGGCAUGGCUUACCUCAAUGCCAACAAGUUUGUCCACAGAGAUCUGGCAGCCAGGAACUGCAUGGUGGCCGAGGACUUCACUGUUAAGAUAGGAGAUUUCGGCAUGACCAGAGAUAUCUAUGAGACAGAUUACUACCGCAAAGGUGGUAAGGGUUUGCUCCCCGUCCGCUGGAUGUCACCCGAGUCUCUGAAGGACGGAGUCUUCACCACUAACUCUGAUGUCUGGUCAUUUGGGGUUGUGUUGUGGGAGAUUGCCACUCUGGCAGAGCAGCCCUACCAGGGUCUGUCCAAUGAGCAGGUGCUGCGCUUUGUCAUGGAGGGAGGGCUGCUGGAGAAACCACAGAACUGUCCUGACAUGCUGUUUGAACUGAUGCGAAUGUGUUGGCAGUACAAUCCAAAGAUGCGCCCAUCCUUUGUGGAGAUCAUCAGCAGCAUUAAGGAUGAGCUGGAACCGUCUUUCAAAGAGGUUAGUUUCUUCUACAGCACUGACAACAAGCCAACCGAUGACCAACAGGUCCACCUGGACAAAAUGGACAACAUUGGUGACGUUCCUCUGGACCCCAGCUCCCCAUCCUCUCCCUGUACGUCAACUGCUGCCAUGGACAAGCAGGCCUCCGGUCAGCAGGCAGCUAACGGGCUGUCGGGUCCGAGCCUUGCAGCAGGGUCAGGGCUCGGGACAGGCGCAGGCGUCACGAUGCGGCCGUCUCUGGAGGAACUGCCGCCAUAUGCACACAUGAACGGAGGACGCAAAAAUGAACGCGCCAUGCCUCUCCCGCAGUCCUCUGCCUGCUGA